UUCAAAGCGUGGGGGAUUGUGUUCGGCGCCGCACAGGCACCUGGUGGAAGUGAGUGUGGAGAGAACAGUCAACGAUUCCCGCCAAAUAGCGGGAGGUUAGUGGUUCCAGGGGAAAGACAAACGGGAGUAAAUGGCGGACGAUCUGGAGGGUCCGCGCACGAGGAUUAACACGAGCCUGGUCUCGCAGUUUACCGGGAAAGCCGUUUGCUUCGUGGGCAGAGUUCAGAAGGUUCACCCCUCUGGGACUUCCUUUGUUCUGUCAGAUGGUGAUGGGAAGAAUGUAACAGUAGAAAUGACUGAUCCACUUGAUGAGGAGUUGAGUGGAGUCAUUGAAGUGGUUGGAAAGAUCACACCAAAAGCCACCAUCAAGGCUGCAUAUUAUGCUCCUUUCCGAGAGGACAAAAGCAGUUUUGAUCUCCAUCUUUACAAUGAAGCGCUGAACAUCAUACAUGAAUUUCCACAGUACUAUCCCUUUAGUGUUACAGCAAGUGGUUGAUUUCCUCUUUUAAUAUAAUGAGAAGAUAUGAUUCGGAAGACAAAAUCUCAACAGAAGAUCUGAUAAUUUAUCAUUUUACUCUAUACAAAUGUCAAUAUAGUUAUCAGUUUCUAGAAGUUGUUGACUUUGAAAUGAAAGAUAAAAAGUGUUUGUAGCCAUUUAUUGAUAUUUGUUUUGCAAUAUUCCAAGACAUAUUUGUGGAAAGAUAAUUUUACAUGGAUACUUAAGAUCAAGAGAGAUUAAAAAAUUGUUUUUUUUUCAUAUGUGGAGCUGACAAAUCAUAGUACUUGACCUGCAAGAACAUGUAAAACGUAAACAUUAAGAUUCAAAGGAUUGCAGUGUAAAAUAUACUGGCUUACUAAUUUGUUUUAAAAUUGGAUUAUAACAGAGCAAACAUUUCAUUGGUGACAUUUAGGUUAAAACACUUUGACCAGAUUACUGUCAAUGAAUGUACUCAAGUUUGUUUGAAUUUCAGUAAAGAUUAAUUUUUUUUUGUA